AUGGUAGCACCUCCUGCAUCAGUAAUAGCGGACGCCAUACUUCCCGCGUGCACGCUACAACCGGCACCACCACCAACACCGGCACCUAACGCGCCUUCCCAAGUCCACCAACUCCACGUUCACAGCGCGCGCGCCCGAAACACGUCAACAAGUGUUGACGCGAUGCAAACACACGCGGACGACACGCGAAGACGAAAGGACAAGAGAAUCGAGGAAGGGAGAAGGGAUGGUAUAGAGAUGAAGGAGGAAAGAGGAACUCGAGGAGACGAGACUUUGGGCACGCUGAAACAACAACGACGACGUCAUAUGUGUCACGUCGCCAGCGCCUAUCUUUGUGCGCCCAGCACUCGCACCACCACCAGCUUUCACGCCAAUGCCACCAUCCACGACGCCAAUGCCACCAUCUACGACGCCGACGCCACCAUCCUCGACGCCAAUGCCACCAUCCACGACACCAACGCCACCAUCCACGACACCAACACCACCAUCCCAUCUACGACGCCAACACCUACGCGACACACUGACUCGCCAGCAUCAAGCGUACACGCUCAGACCACGCCAGCGAAUGCUGGCGUGGCUCGAAUGCACACGGAAGACACCAGGACGAAGAGAGAAGGAAAAGAGGAGGAACGAGAGGAGGAAGGAAUGAUCUUGUCAGUAAGUCGCCGUCCUGACUCUGCCCCCAUUUUCUGCAAUGAGGACGCGACGCCUGACACAUCACACUCUCGCGCCACCACACCACCAUCUCCCAUUUCGACACGCUCACCUUCGACUUUGAUCGUAUGCGACACACCACCUGCCGCGACAUCAGCGUCUAUUUCGACGCGUCCGUCAUUCGCGCCGUGCCUCCACUCCUCCUUCUUGUGCCAUCCACAUAUGUUCGAGUCACGUCAGCAUUCGCUGACGUGUGCUGGACAUAUGUGCUAA